CCGACCGGAAACUUGGAGUUCCUUGCCGGGAAUUGGUGGAGCUGAGCCGGAAGUAGCUAGCAGCUAGCAGCUAACAGCUAACUAGAGUUGCUCUGUGAGGCUCUGAGUUUAAACUACAUCUUCUGUUUAAAGUGGAGACUUUAGUCUCGCAGGUGAAGACUUGAAGACAGGUUGAGUCUCCAGGUGAACUUGAUCACUGUGUGAGUGUGUGAGUGUGUGUGUGUGUGUGUGUGUGUGUGUGUGUGUGUGUGUGAGAGAGAGUGUGUGUCACCUGGGCUGAAGUCCUCAGUCUCUCUGGCUGUAGGUGAUACUGGUUCCGUGGCUGGUUCUGGUUCUGGUUCCGUGGCUGGUUCUGGUUCUGGUUCCGUGGCUGGUGCUGGUUCUGGUUCCGUGGCUGGUGCUGGUUCCGAGCCAGUCCUCUCUGUAGAUGAAGAUGUCCCUGGCCCAGCGGGUGCUCCUCUCCUGGAUCUUCUCCCUGAUCUUCCUCAUCAUGCUGGUCCUCAAGCUGGACGCUAAGAUCCACUGGAACUGGUUCCUCAUCUUCCUCCCCGUCUGGACUUUCGACACCAUCCUCAUCCUCAUGCUGAUAGUGAAGAUGGCGGGGCGCUGCAAGCCGGACUUUGACCCCAGGGACGGCGAGCAGAGCCUGAAGAGGAGGCUGUGGUACCUGACGGCCCUGCUGCUGAAGCUGGCCUUCUGUGUGACGCUGUGCUCCCGCCUGGAGAGCCUCACGGAGAUGUGGGUCAGCGUGGUGUGUGUCCCUCUGUGGGUGCUGCUGGGUGGGGCGCUGGUGGAGCUGGGCCACAGUGUGUUCCACUACAGGAGGGAAUGAGCCAGAGGACUCUUUGAGACACGUAACACGGGGGACAAAAACUUCAAACAUCUAUCGCUUGGGAUGAACCAAUCUGAUCCACCGGACUGGUAUCCGGGCCGAUACUGACCUUAAGUGGACCUGGUGUCGGUCGGACAUGACGCUUCCACAUUAAAUACACUUUCUUUGACAA